AUGUGCCCCUUCCCGCUUCCCGCUCUCCCAUUCCCACCACAUGGUGGUGGCUUCCCGCCUCUUCUCCCUUUCCCGCCCCGCAAAUUCCCUUCCAGCCUCCAGGUCUCCCCUUCACGCCUCCCCUGCAUCCCCCUCUCCCCACUCCCUACAUCCCCCUCUCCCCAUCCCCGCAUCUCCCUCUCCCCAUCCCCGCAUCUCCCUCUUCCCAUCCCCGCCUCCCCAUCUCCCCUUCCUCUCAGCUCCUCUCUUUCUGCCCUUCCGUCCUACCUCUUCAUCCUCACCCCUCCACCCCGCCUCCCCAUCUCCUCAACCCCUCUUGCUUUCCUCUCCCUGCAUCCCCAUCUCCUCUCCCUGCAUCCCCAUCUCCUCUCCCUGCAUCUCCAUCUCCUCUCCCUGCAUCUCCAUCUCCUCUCCCUGCAUCUCCAUCUCCCCGCCCUGCAUACCUCUCUCUCCUCCCUGCAUCCUCCCUAA